AUGUCUGCUCUUCUGAACAGUGACCUCCCCGAGCUCAAGCUGCUCUCCAAGGGCAAAGUCCGGGACAUCUACGCGACCUCGUCCCCCGACCACCUGCUCUUCGUCGCGUCCGACCGCAUCUCCGCCUACGACGUGAUCCUGCGCAAUGGUAUCCCAGACAAGGGCAAGAUCCUCACGAAGAUCUCCCACUUCUGGUUCGAGAAGCUGAAGGACAUCGUGCCGAACCACGUUGUGACCGUGAACGUGGAUGAGAUGCCAGAGGAAGUGCGGAAGUACAAGGACCAGCUCGAGGGCAGGACCAUGCUUGUAAAGAAAGCGAAGGUCAUCCCCCUCGAGGCGAUCGUUCGGGGAUACUUGACAGAUCGUUCAAGCUCGUUGUGGCCAAACCAGCUUCAAGGCUCCGCGUGGUCCGAGUACAAGAAGUCAGGAACCGUUCACGGCAUCCCACUACCUUCAGGAUUGGUCGAGUCACAAAAGUUGCCCGAACCGCUCUUCACCCCAUCCACCAAAGCUGAACAAGGCCAGCACGACGAAAACAUCUCCCCGGAGCAAGCGUCCAAGCUCAUCGGGGAGAAGCUUUACCUUAAUAUUUCGCUCGCCGCCGUCGAGCUAUACAACGCCGCCGCCGAGUACGCACUCAGCCGAGGCCUCAUCCUCGCCGACACCAAGUUCGAAUUCGGCUUGGUCCCGAGCGCGGCCGGUGACUCCGAGGACAUCAUUCUUAUUGACGAAGCCCUCACUCCUGACUCGUCGCGCUACUGGCCCGCCGCCUCGUACGAAGCUGGAAAGCCCCAGCCGUCGUUCGACAAACAGUAUUUGCGCGACUGGCUCGUGGCUGCUGGGUUCCGUAAGGGGCUCGAGAACGGACCUGAGGGCAAGGAGGGCCAGGGAUGGACGAUCGACGAAGAGGUUGUAGAAGGCACCCGGAAGCGUUACGCAGAGGCCUUGGAGAUGUUGACGGCAUAG